AUGUCCGCACCAACACCUUCCGCUCUUUCAAGUCUCAUCACAACCACGACCUCGCAGGUUUCCUCAUCAGCGCCCGCACUUGCCCAAGUUCUCGCCUUACCCACCGAAAUCUUGCAUAACCUGCAAUAUCAACACACAUGGAAAGAUCUACGUCUACACCAGAUCACUGCGGACGCGGCUCUCAUCGACAUUCCCAACGACACUCCAGCGAAAAGCCACGAUACAAUUCCAGUCAUCAUCUCCGGACAACCUCCGCGGCACGUCUACAUACACCCAGACCUGCAGAGCGUACUGAUCCAACACUCGUUGUCUGCAGGGACUGCCAUCCCACCGCAGCGUGAAUAUGUGAUCCCACUGAGUAUUGCUCAGAAGGAUGUUGGUGUUGAGACACUGGCUGGGGUGUUCGACGCGCUGCCAACGCGUGAGCCGAUCGCGUUUGGGAAGAGUUAUGACACGUGGCAAGAUCCCAAGCGCGUGCUUCUCGCGAUGAAGGCGCCUGAUGGGUUGGGUGGUGAUGGGACGGUGGCGUACUAUGUGUGCCAGGAAGGAGAGCAGAAACCACGACAGAAUGGUUGA